AAGCAUUGAUUUGAGUUCACACAUAUAUGCAGAGAGCCCUUACACAUCCUUUCCUUCUGUAGCGCCUUUUGACUAAUAAGUGAGCAAGAGUUUGGUAAUUGUGGUGGUGGAUACUCUGAUCGUGGUAAUUUCACCGGAUUCCUUACGUAUGGUUUCUUGGACAAAGUGGGUCUGCCUACCUGUUUUCAUCCUGCCUUAUGCGGUGUUUUAUCCUUCUUUCUCUGUGAUCAGUUCAAUCUAAUUCGAUGGCAUCUAUGCCUACCAUUAGCACUCAACAGGAGAAUGAGCUUGAAAAUGCUUUUCAAGAACUCGCACCAUCUUCAAUGCCAAUAGAACAGCUGCCCUACGAUGUAUUUAUUAAUCAUUUUGGGUCCAAUGCCAGAUACACACUACUCACCACCACUCUGCAUAAUAUUCUCAGUGGCAAGGGAUUGAGGGUUUUUCUUGAUUCGGCAGAGUUUGAUUUGGGGGACCCUUUGCCUACAGAAAUUAAAGCAGCAAUGGGCAGAGCUUCGCUUCAUAUAGCUAUAUUUUUCCAGGGUUAUGCUGAAUCACCGUGGUGUUUACAAAAGCUUUCAUUCAUGCUCAAAUCUGGCACUCAAAUUGUUCCUGUUUUCUACCGUUUUGAGCCUUUUGAUGUCCCAUUUGCAAAGGAGGUCUAUGAUGAUGCAUUUUCCUCACACAGAAGCGAGCGGAGUUAUACCUCAGGAAAGCUUCAGGAGUGGAAGGAUGCGCUCAACAAUAUUUCCUCCAUCGUCGGUCACAUCGUUAACAACUAUCAUGAUGAGAGGAGGCUGAUCAAAUCUAUUGCUCAUAGAUCUCUGAGAGUAAUUAAAAAGGUACCAUUGGUUGUUGCCAAACAUCCAGUGGGUCUAGAUGAAGUUCUAGAAGAGUUAGAGACAGAACUUCGAUCUGCCGAUGACCAUCGGGCGCAAAUUGUGGGAAUCUGGGGUAGUGGUGGUUGCGGCAAAACCACUCUUGCAAAACAUUUUUAUAACAACAAAUACACAAUCAUGGAAAAGUCUAGUUUUCUAUUUGAUGUUAGAGAUGCUUCUGCAAGAGAUGCACUGCAUAACAUGCAGGAAAAACUCAUGGAGGACCUUGGGGUUCACGGUGUAUCACUCGACAGUAUAGAACAGGGGAAGAGAAUUCUUGCUAGUAAUUUAAGAUCUGUUCGUGUGCUCAUUGUUCUUGAUGAUGUGGACGAUGUGGAUCAAUUGGAUUCUUUAAUACCAGAGAAGAAUAAUCUUGGAUUAGGUAGUUUAAUUGUGGUCACUUCACGCCAACUUCAUGUCCUUGAAAGUUGGGGCAUCUCAUCCAUUUACAAAAUAAAAGCACUUGAUCGCUCUCAUGCGAAGCAGCUUUUUUGUUGGCAUGCAUUCUUACAACCUUCUCCACUGUCAAAUGAAUUGGAGUAUCUAGUUGAGAAAUUCUUAGUUGCUUGUGAUGGACUGCCCUUGUCACUGAUGGUCUUAGGGGCGCAAUUCUAUGACGAGUUUGAUUUGUAUUGUUGGAACAGUCAAUUUCAGAAGAGGGUUAAAAUAUUGCGCAGGGAUAUCAAAGGGAAGGACAAAGUAGGCCAUGAUGCGCAGCUACAUGAAGAAGUGAUUGAUUUGUAUUAUUGGAACAGACAUUUGCAAAGGAUGUUUAGAAUUUUGCGCAAUGAUGUAAGAGGGAAGCUCAGAGUAAGCUAUGAUGCGCUAAAUGAAGAAGAGAAAGAGAUGUUCUUGGAUACAGCGUGUUUCUUCAUUGGAGAAGACAAGAGUUUGGCCAUUGCAGUAUGGGAUGGAUCAGGGUGGAAUGGUCUGCAAGGUUUGGAAGUACUUGUGAAUAAGUGUCUUGUUGAUCUCAAUGAGAACAAUUGCAUUAUAAUGCACGAUUAUUUAAGGGAUUUGGGAAGAGAAAUUGCAAACAGACGAGCACCAUACCGUCUUGUAUUUCCAAAGCAGAUUAUCUUUACUAGACCACGCGAGAAAAUAAGAAUCCGAGGAAUGAUAAACGCAACUGGCAACUAUUGUUACUCCUUGAAAGGGAAGAUAAUUAUGAAAACAAGUGAAAGAAUUCGUAGACUCAGGCCUGGCUCGCUUAGAUUAAACCUUUUUGUUGGUAGCGGAGAUUUUCUAAAUCAAGAAGUUUGCAAACUUUCAAGAGACCUGAUUUGGCUUCGCUGGAAAGAUUACAAUCAUACAAAUCUUCCACCAUGGCUUUCGCUGCAAAAUUUAAGAGUCUUGGAGCUUAAUGGCGCUUUAAACUUACAAGAAUUGUGGACGGAUGAUGCAUGUGCUCCUCUGCAGUUGAGAGAACUGACUAUUACUGGUACCUGGAGUGCUAGUUUUGAAAGGUUUCCAAAAUCGAUAUCCAAUCUGAAACACUUGAAAAAAAUAGCAUUGUUAGGUUAUGUUGGUAAAGAGAUUGGCAUUAAAGGGCUGCCAGAAGAGUUUUGUGAUCUCCAAUCCCUUGAGCACCUGGAGCUGCGACAUUGCAUAUUGCUGUCAUCACUUCCCACCCGAUUUGGGGAUUUGAAAAAGCUGCGGCAUCUGGAUUUGUGUUCUUGCAAGGCGUUGAGGACGUUGCCAGUUUCUUUUCAGCAAUUGAGAAACCUCAAGUAUCUAGAUUUAUCUGGUUGCAAGAGGCUUUCAAUACAGAGAGACAUUAUAGAAAGCAUCUCACAGCUUGAGCAUGUGUACCUUUCAGGAUGCCUCAAAUUGCAGCAAUUACCUCAUCAAAUCACAGAUCAAGUAUGCUUGAGAGAGCUCCGAAUUCAAGAUACUAGUUUAGAGGAGUUACCAAGUAACAUUGGGCAACUGAGUAAAUUGGAAGUGCUGACAAUUGGGAGUCAGUUAUUGAAAAGAUUGCCAGAUUCUCUUGGAGAUCUGUCCGGCUUGAAGAGCCUUUCCAUUAUCAAUUGCUUCGCCUUGGAAUGUUUACCCGAGACUCUUGGGCAUCUGAAACUCUUAGAACAUUUGUGUAUAGAGGCCACGGGAGUGAGGUCUUUACCAAAAGGGUUUAGGCUACUAGCUAAUCUUCAGACAUUGAAGAUUUCUGAUUGCCCGCUCAGGGAACUAGAUUUUGGGUCAGCGUCUUCCUUUUCAUUGGGCAAGCUCACGGGGAUAAAUCUAAGCGAGACAUUUGUGACCAGCAUUUCAAUUUCUGAACACUGUUGUCCCAGACUUGAAAUACUCCUGCUUAGCAAAAAUGAGUUUUUAGAGGAGAUUGAAACCUUACCAGCAACGGUCAAGCACAUAGAAUGGCCGGAAUGUGAAAGGCUCAAGAAUUUGAAGGGUGUUCAUGCUCUGCAAAUCACCCAAAGGUCGGCAAUAUCAGAGCGUCCAGAGGAAUUAGAUAACCUCGCAGGUUUUUGAUUUAAUCUAACAAUAUCUGGUAAGGCUCAAUGGUUUCUUUUGGGCUACGUUUAUUUGUUUGUUGUAAUAGGAAAAACCUUGUCCUUUCUGUGUUAAAAAAGAGACAAUUAAACAUGCGUUCUGGUUUUGCUCUCA